AUGUGCGUUCCAAAUUUUCAGACAUCGGUUAUCCAAAGAAUCAUGGAUCGUUUCCAAAAAUGGAAAGAAGCUCGCAAUCAACAGGUCAUAACCAUCUCAAUGGAAUCUUUCUAUAAGGAACUCAAUGAAGAAGAACGAGCACAAGCAGAAUAUGGAGAAUACGACUUUGAUCACCCAGCUGCGUUCGAUUUCGACAAAUUGGCAGAAACCAUUUCUCGCCUGGAACAGGGAUAUGCCGUCACCAUACCUCAUUAUGACUACCUGACCAGUAGGAGUGAUGGCACGCUAUGUCUUGAACCAGCAGAUGUUAUCAUCGUCGAAGGAAUUUUGACAUUUUAUGAUGAACGAAUUCGAGAGAAGUUCACUAUGAAACUGUUUGUUGAUGCAGAUGCGGAUGUUCGAUUGGCAAGACGAGUGAAACGCGAUACUGUCUACCGAAAACGUCCUUUGCCUCUGGUGUUAUCUCAAUACACAAAUUUGGUGAAACCGGCAUUCGAAGAAUUCUGCCAACCGACAAUGAAGUACGCUGACGUCAUUAUCCCAAGAGGAGGUGAAAAUGAUGUUGCCAUCGAUUUGAUAGUACAACACAUUGAGGAUUUCCUUCGCCCAGCCCACGACAAAAACGAGCAUCUCAUCAAGCCACCGUCUGAAGGAAAACUAGCGAUCAUUCCUCUACACUGA